AUGCUGCAGAGAUUAGCGCGAAAUACAUCGUAUAUUUCCCUCCGAGUGAAGCAGGGAAUCCCGUGUCCCACAGGUGACGACUUCGCGGCUCUUCGCAGCUCCGGGAAGGAUGCGAGGAUGCAGAGGAUGUACCCCUCGUGCACCAAUGGCUGGAUGGCGUGCCUCUGCCAGACGGACCUGUGCAACGGCGCCGUCUCGAUCCUGCUCUCAGCUCGCGUCUCCCUUCUCGUCCUCCUCCCUUUUCUCUCCGUCGGCCGUCUCCUCUUUCUCAGAUUGAAUUUCGCCAUUCGAAUCGAUACAACAGGGUAUGGGAGUGCCUUGCGAUGUUACAAGUGCUUCGAAAAUGACCCCGAGACCGGAAAGUGCGAGGGGGACAAGAACGAUUGGAAGCAAAUGAAUUGCACGGGCGACGCAGGAAUAGGAAAUGAAUGGUACUGUGCAAGUUUCUGGGAUGAGAAUGGUAAGUGA